AUGACGAGUGUUUCUACGAUUAGGGGUUUUCGCUUGAUAGAAUGUAAAAAAGAUAGAAAAAGAUUGCGCUUAAUAAUCAUGUAUCGUCUAAUUAGAGAGAGUGACAUACAUUGCAAAAGUGAACUUCGUGUUAAUAGGCGAACUUUUAGUAUCAUUUGUGAGAUGCUUAAGGAGAUUGGAGGCCUCACUCGGACAAAAAAUAUGUCUCUUGAAGAGAUAGUUGCCAUGUUUUUGGCUAUACUUAAGUUGCAUGAUCAUUUGCUUUACAAGCCCACACCAAUAUUAGAGAAUGUGAAGAUGAAAGGUGGAAACCCUUCAAGGUACUAUCGAGCCUUGGAUGGUACCUACAUUAAUGUAAAUGCACAUUCCCAAGAACGUGGAAAAUACCGGACAAGAAAAGGUACCAUUGCUAUGAAUGUGUUGGGUGUUUGUGCACCCAACAUGCAAUUUAUCUAUAUUCUUUCGGGUUGGGAAGGCUCUACACAUGAUGUUCAUGUCCUUCGCAAUGCUCUUUCUAGGCCACAUGGCUUUAGAGUUCUCAGAGGUUAUUAUUAUUUGGUUGAUGGGGGGUAUACAAAUUGUGAGGGUUUUCUUGCUCCAUAUAGAGGGCAACGAUAUCAUCUUAAGGAAAGGACAUAUAAACAACCGCAAACUGCUGAAGAGUAUUACAAUAUGAAACAUGCUCGAGCAAGAAAUGUAAUUGAGAGGUGUUUUGGGCUACUUAAAGGAAGAUGGAGUAUACUUAGAAGCCCCUCAUUUUUCCCUAUUCGAACUCAAGGUCGCAUUGUGAUGGCUUGUUGUUUACUUCACAAUUUAAUUAGGAAAGUAAUGCCCACAGAUGAUAUAGAGGAAGAGGAUUUGAGUGAUAAUGAUUCGGAUGACGAUUUUGAUGAUGAAGUUGAGUACAUUACUACAAUUGCAACUUCUGAUCAAUGGACUACUUAUAGAAAUACGUUAGCUCAAGAUUUAUUUAAUGCUUGGAGGGCAAGAGUUAGACAAGGUACUAAAGUAUUUAAGAUGGAGGUGAAUACUAUUAGCCAAGAGGAAAGUAGUAGAGGGAGGGGCAAGAAUAAGCGCUUUUGGACGUGUCAAAAAGAUUCGAUGCUAAUAAAAUAUUUACACCAAUUGUCUAUUGAUUCUGAGUGGAAAGGUGAUGGUGGUUUUAAAAAUGGUUACAUGAGUAGGUUGGAAGAGUUAAUUAACAGUGAGCUUCUUAGUUGUGGUUUGAAGGCUUUUCCGCACAUCGAAUCGAGAAUCAAACAUUGGUCAGAGAAGUAUAGCGCACUAGUUGAGAUGCUAUCUACUUCAGGUUUUGGGUGGGAUGCCGAUAAGUAG